AUGGAUCCACCAAUCGUGAAUGAAGCCUCAUUUUCAGCUGCAAAUCCUUCUUCAUACAGUCUAGCUGAACUUUGGCCGUUUCCGAUCCCAGGAAACAGUGCCAGGGAGAUCGGAGCUUUAGGGAUGAGAAUGGGGAGCAUGAGCGGCUUCAAUGGGGCUGCAAUUUCUGUAAAUGAAUCUACUGUAACGGAACUUAGCGGGAGCCGGAGUGGUGGUGGUGGUGGUAAGGCCGGACCUGGCUUCAGAAAGAGGAAGGAUUUGGGUUGUGAGGAUGAUUCCGCCAGACUUGCUUCCACUAGCAGCCGAAAUGGGUUGGAUGAUUUUGAUGUUAAGAAGAUGAAGCCAUCGGGAGUCAGAGUUCAGGAUUGUGAUCCACAAGCAGAAGGGGAAACAAGCUCACAGACUGGUAAUAAGCCCAGUGAGCAGAACGGUAAACCUGAGCCGCCUAAAGACUACAUCCAUGUCAGAGCAAGGCGAGGACAAGCUACGGACAGUCACAGUCUAGCUGAGAGAGCUAGACGAGAAAAGAUCAGCGAGAGGAUGAAAAUUUUACAAGAUCUGGUUCCUGGCUGUAAUAAGGUAAUUGGAAAAGCCUCAGUACUUGAUGAAAUAAUCAACUAUGUCCAGUCGCUUCAGCGUCAAGUUGAGUUCUUGUCCAUGAAGCUCGAAGCAGUGAAUGGAACAAUCAACCAUCUAGAAGAUUAUACUUCCAAAGAUCUUGCAGGUCCAUCAUUUGAUGCAUCUGCUACGAUGACAAUUUUCGGGCCACAAACUGCAAGGGAACAUCCUCAAGGCACAAAUCCAGCAUGGUUACAUAUGCAAGUUGGUGCAGCUGUUACUGCACAAGAAAUACCUUCUGCAAAAUCAACUCCACUACAAUCAUUCAUUGAAUACAUCCCACGAGUCAAGGAAGAGAUCGUCGUGACGGAUACCAAGGUGAUCGUGCUAGACGAGGUGUGGGAGGUUAGCACUGGAAGCGGCAGGGAAAGGAAUGGGCAGUGCCCUAAUCCGAGGUCAAGCAAAUACGCCGAUGAUCUUAAAAACGUAUAA